GUGGAAAACGUCAAAUACUGGAAGUUUUCCUUCCUCAUACUGUACAGCGUUCUGGAAAAAUUUCUUGCACUAAUUUUCCAAAGAAAAGCUUAAUUUUCUUGAUAAUUUAAAGAUUAGUGAAGUAAGUUGCAAUAUCGCAUUAAUGUGGCAAUAGAAAUAAGACCGGAAGUGGUUGAAAGGCGCCAAUUUCAGACGCAUAUGUUGAUAUCAAAAGUAGUGGGAGAAAAUCUUUUCUUGUAACAAUUAAUUUUUUUUGUUACCCAUCUUUGUGAUUUCUACCGAAGCGCAGUUGCAUCGAAUAAGCAAACAACCAGAAAGCGUGGGAAGAUGACGGCAUUUCGUAGGGAAUAAUCCAUAGUGGUACAAGUAGAAGACAUACGCCUACGCAAUAUUCCACCACAAUCCGCUUCCAACAAUAAUGUCGGUCGGAAUCGAAAUCAGUGAGUGCAGCGAUCUUGCACCAGAUCCUUGCGAGGACACUGUAGAACAACAGCGCGCACUGUUUCGAGGGCACGAACAGCUGUUGAGAAAUCCUGCUUCGGACGAUGAAUUUGAUUUGGAUUCGGCGUUUAGUUCCGAAUCGAAUAACAUACUGACGGAUGAGAGUAUGGAUGUUGCCCAAGAGGAAUGCACGGUGAAUGCUGAACUGGAAAGCGAACGAUUGCAGUCUCUGGAAGAUGAACAUGAAACGCUGUCGUCAAAUUUGAUGGCACUUACAUCACAUUUCGCACAGGUUCAGCUACGGCUACGUCAGAUUGUUGAUGCACCUCCGGAAGAACGAGAUCAUUUGUUGAAAAAUCUAGAGGAGUUCGCGUUUCUUGGGAUUCCAGAGCUACAAAAGAACCCAAUAAAGAAAAACAUCCCAGAAAUUGUGGCAAACCUAGAUAAGAGUCCUGAAUCCGUUGAGGGCCUGCGUGAGAAGCAGCAUGCACUGAUUGAGCAGUUGAAAACCCAACUAAUAGAUUUAGAACGCUACGCUUACGAAUCGGGAACUGGCAUACUCCCUCACACAAUUUUGCUAGAGAAACAGAAGGUCAUUAUCGAUGAAAUCAAGAACAAGAUCAACUUGAACUUGAAUGAAUUGGAUUUUCCCCAGUUGACCUCGGAAGACCUGAGGAGUCAGGUCGAUUCAGCAUUGGACGAACAGCUCGUCAAUCCGCUGAAGAUGAAGGAACAACUGGUGUCGCAACUUAAGACACAAAUCCAGGAUCUGGAACGAUUCAUCCAUUUUCUACAGACCAACGAGAAGGCGGAAAUAAAGAAACGCUUUCUCCAGCAACAAGAAUUGGCUAAGGCAGAAGCUGCCGACCGUGCUGAAGCUCAAGAACGAGCUAAAGCACGAUCCCUAGCCGCCAGUCAGCGUGAAAGUGAAUCACAAAAGACAACUGAUGAUACGCCGUCAUCUAGGAAAGAAUCGCUCAAUAGCAAAGCGUUCGGACUGAUGGACAAAGCAAGCACUUAUUUGCAAAUGUUUGCCCUAUCACAGUUCAACUGUGGAAGCGAAAAAAAUCGAGAAAGCUUUCAGCGUAAUAUGAUGAAACGGUCCAAGGAGAACUGCUGGGGUGACAUAAGGGCUAAGUUAGAGAUGGAUGUGCAAGAGGUAGUUUCGCUAGCGAUAGAAACACAAGAAGAUGUGCAACCUACGGAAACGGCUAGUGAAUGUGGAGACUGGAGACCAGCCAGUUCUCGGAAGAGCUACGAGCUAACUAUGAUCGUCAGGAAGCAUUUGGCAAAAACAAUUCAAGGCUUGAUGCAACAUGGGCUGAGGGGUAUAUCGGAGAACAGCGGAAGUAUAGUGCCCUUCAUAUCCGGUUGUUUUUCUGGCGGUGGCUACCAUCAGCAGCAGAGUCAACCGAGAUCCAGUGAAGAUCAGUUCUAUCGAAGUGAUGCAAAGAGAAGCAGUGCCGCUGGGAUAGCAACUGCGGCUACAACUGCUCCCAAACGCCGGUCCGAUUCUGUUGACGAAGAUGAACCUAUGGAACCAAAUAUUUUUUCACAAUUGGAUGAUGAAGAGGAAGAUGAAGAAGUUGUACACUACAGCACUGAUGAAGCGGAAAUGCAUGUCUGGGAGCUGCUGUUGAUAUAUUACAACAUCAAAAAUGGUGACCGGUAUAACUCGACUCCGGCAAGGAAGCUCUCGGAGAGUUUCAACUUGGAUCUGGUAGAAGGGCGACCCCAAUCGAACAAGCAGAGUCUGCUGAGUACUAUAGGCACGAUAGUCGCAUUGCACAGCCCGUACAAAAGAAGCUACAAUUCACAGUUCAAGGCUUUCAUCUGUGCUGCUCUGAACGCACAGAAAUUGACUCAAUGGCUUCAUUUGAUCUACCAGUGCAAGGAGCUGGUCAGCUCCUACUACACCAGCUGGAGUUACGUCGCGAAUACGGGCUUCCGCGAUGCAAUGAAAACGCUAGACCGUUUAACGCAGUACCAGUUCGACUUACCGGUAGAUUUGUCUAUACGCCAGUUCAAAAAUAUUAAAGAUGUUUUUAUGUAGAAUAUACUUCUCCAAUUUUCCUAACAAGUCCCUAUUAUUAAUAUUAGAUAUUAAAGGUGUUGUUAACCAGAAUUACGCUCUUAACAUUUUCCUAAUACAAAACUAUGUAAUAAGAUUUUCUUUUCUAGUCAGCAAACCAUAUAUGUUUUGAACAGUAGACAUUCCACUCACCACUUAUGAGCUUACCCUUCGCACAGUACUAUAAAGGCAGCAGAGCACGAACAAUCGAAACUCCCAAACUAACAAAGGGAAUCCAAGUUCCAUACUAUACGAUAACAGCUUAGCCUCAGAAAGUACCCAUUGAGCCUACGUACACGCCUAUUAUAAUUGUACGAGGUAUUACAGUAUUCACAUGGAACGGAACGUGAAGUUGGACUAGAACCUAGCCUAUAGAGUAAAUUGUUAUUUCGUUUCCACCGAAAAAGGGAGUAAGUAUAUCAAGAGGUUCAACGAGACGGUAACAGAAAAUAUCACAUAAAUAACUAAAUGAAACAAUAAAGUUAUGCAAAUAAAAGAAGGUAUUUAAGCAAAGAGAACAUUGUUGACUGCAAGUGUAUCGUUCUGAAUAGGUAUUGAAUAAAUAAAAUGUUUGUAUAAUUGACAGGAAAUAUGUCUCACUAGACAGAUAAUACAUUAUUAUAGCAUAGUAAUGAAAUGAAA